CGUGUGAUUGGUCCGUCGCGGUGGGUGUUUCCGCAUUCCGCGCAGAGCUGUCAGCAGAAGCUGCGAGUUCGAAGACGCGGGGGGAAGCGGACUUUUCGCGUCUGUGGAGAAAGCUCCUCCGUCAGUCUCUCCCGGGGGAUCCACGCUGCAGACACCAGAGGAGACGCGAUGCCGCACAUGCUGAUCAGCACGCAGAUCCGACUGGAGACUGGCCCGACAUGUGUGGGGGAUGAGUUCUCCGAUCCAGCUGUCAUGAAUUACCUGGGAGCCCGGAAAACAACCGUGCUGGGAAACAAUUUCUCCGAGUACCAUGUGGACGACCCGCCACGUCUCGUGUUGGACAAGCUGGAGAAGAUCGGCUUCCGCGUGCUGUCGAUGACCGGGGUGGGACAGACGCUGGUGUGGUGCCUGCACAAGGAGGCCGAGUCCAUUUGAAUGGAUGGAUGACUUGUGUGGAAACAGCUUCUUUUUUUUUUUUGUGUGUUAACUUUGGUUCUCUGCUCCAUGUGUGCCCCACUGACAGGAACAUACUGAGCCAAGUCAGACAAAAGAUCUUAAAUUUGAGGUUAUCCCAGACGCAAGGUUUCAGAUCACGUUGGAUAGUUGACACGCCAGGGGAACACCCAACUACAUUCCACAGAUUGUAUGAGACUAUUUGUCCAUGUUGUUUACUCCUGAUGACUGAGUUUAAGUUUACGGACUGAGGGGGCAGUAUUAGAACUUUAUUAAAAGGGUCAUGAAAAGGCCUCACCCAGUUCUUUCUUUCUUAUAAGUACAUAAAAGACUAAAAGAUAGGUUUGUACUUACACAACUGUGCAAGGGUGAUUUUGUAAGUUUGUCAUUUGCUUAUGAUUUAAUGAUAUAAUGAUAGAGAUUGCUUGUGUAAUUAUGAAUUAAAUCAAAAAUAAAUCAAAAUUAUGAAUUAAA